GGAGUGGACGGUGCUGUUUGAGAUGACUGCAGUUUGGUGAGAACGCGACCACUCACCUGGCCGGCUCUGGUGUGAGUGACCGCAGCCAUGGGCAAACUCCAGAGCAAGUUCCGCCGCCGCUCUGACCUCUACAAGGCCAAGGAGGGGGCGGAGCCUGCCCCUGUGCCUCAGGUGGUGCAGUAUGAACCAGCCCACUCUGGCGCUAUUAACUGUGUUACCUGUCUGACCUCUGACCUCUGUGUGUCAGGUGGGAUUGACCAGGCCGUUAUGGUUUAUGACUGGAGAGCUGGGAAGCCCUGCAGAUCUUUUCAUGGCCACAGCAAGGAAAUCACCAAGCUGACCUGCUUUACGGGCAGCACGUGGAUCUUCAGUGCAUCGCGGGAUAAAACCGUGCUGAUGUGGGACUUCGCAGGAGGGUCGGACCCCAUCCAGACGUUCUGUGGACAUGAGCUCGUCAUCAACGGAGUCGCCGUCAGCCCAGACGGAACGAAGCUGUGCACCGGCUCCCGUGAUAACUCCAUGUGCCUGUGGGACAUCGAGACCGGAAAGUGUUUACAGAAAAACACCAUCUCACGCAACCUGGUAACUCAUGUGUGUUGGGUUCCAGGAGGAACAUCAAUAGUCCAGACCUCAGAGGACAAAACCAUCAGAGUGUGGGACAGCCGUAGCUGGCAGGUAAUGAACACAUUUCCUGCUAAGCAGUACAUCCAGACUCACUGUGAUAUCAGCCCGAACUGCAACCAUCUACUGUCCAGCAGCAACGGCUUCCAGGGGCAGGGCUGCGAGGCCACGCUGUGGGACCUGAGGCAGCCGGGCUGUAAGGUGGUGGAGUACAGAGGACACAUCCAGACCACGGCCUGCUGCGUCUUCCUGCCGCCCAGCAUCGGCUCGCCUGCACUCGUCGCUUCAGCAUCGUUCGACAGUUCCAUCAAAAUCUGGGACCAGAACACGGCAGCCUGUUUGUGUACUCUCUCUCUCGAUGGUUCUGGUCCAUUGGUGUCUUUGGCUCCGUGUGACUCCAGCAGCCUCCUCUGUGCCAGUUUUAAUACAGGACUUCACCAGCUGAACCUCUCCCGCGGAGCCGCGCCCAUCCUGAAGGAGAUCGCCCGCUUCUGACCUCCGUUCACGCUGAGGGAGAUCGCCCACUUCUGAACUCCUGCCACCCCCAUGCUGAGGGUGAUCGCCCACUAACCCCACUACCCCACCCUGAGGGUGAUCGCUUACUACCCCUACUACCCUUACUACCCCCACCCUGAGGGUGAUCGGCUGCUUCUAACCCCCACUACCCCCACCCUGAGGGUGAUCACUUACUACCCCCACUACUCCCGUGCUGAGGGUGAUCGUCCACUAACCCUACUACCCCACCCUGAGGGUGAUCGCUUACUACCCCCACUACCCCACCCUGAGGGUGAUCGCUUACUACCCCUGCUACCCCCACCCUGAGGGUGAUCGCUUACUACCCCCGCUACCCCCACCCUGAGGGUGAUCGCUUGCUACCCCUGCUACCCCCACCCUGAGGGUGAUCGCUUACUACCCCCGCUACCCCCACCCUGAGGGUGAUCGCCUGCUUCUGACCCCCACUACCCCCACCCUGAGGGUGAUCGCCUGCUUCUGACCCCCACCA